CUGCAUGUGAGCUGGACAAAAGCAGAGAGGAAAUGCUUCUCUUUGUGUAUAUCUGUGCGUGACCUUAGCAACUGUGGCAAACUGCCAUCAGUCAGGACAGCGGACACUGAAAUACCUCCACUAGGACUUCCAGCCUCUCUCUUGGCUUUGAGAUAUUCAACAAUUGCUUGUCGCCUCAGGAACUUGGGAUCAAUUUGUUUUUUUCUUGCAGGAUAUUUUUAUGGUUCUGUGCGGAUUUAUGAUGGAGAAUUAAAAUGAUCAGGAAGAAAAAGCUGCUGGUGUUUGAAAUUUGUGGAAGCAUGAUGUGGGAUGGAUAAACAACAACGAAACUCUGCUAUGGCCUCUAAUGACCCUGAACCCCCUGACUUCUCUGGUGACCCCCAGCCUGGCGACCUCAUUGAGAUCUUCAGACCAGCCUAUCAGCACUGGGCUCUUUACCUGGGAGAUGGUUACAUCAUCAACUUAACUCCUGUUGAUGAGAGCCAGGCUGCAGCCAUGUCCAGCGUGAAGUCCGUCUUCAGCAGGAAGGCAGUGGUGCGCAUGCAGCUGCUAAAGGAGGUGGUGGGAAGCGACUCGUACCGUGUGAACAAUAAGUACGACCACAACCACACACCCUUGCCCAUCUGUGAAAUCAUCCACCGAGCCCAAGUUCUCAUUGACCAGGAGGUGUCCUACGACCUGCUGGGGAGCAACUGCGAGCACUUUGUUACCCUUCUGCGCUACGGGGAGGGGGUGUCCGAGCAGGCUACACGGGCCAUUGGGGCCAUCAGUUUGGUGACAGCAGCAGCCAGUGCCUUCUCUGUCCUGGGACUGAUCAACACACGAUCCAGAAACAGGCCCUUCUGACAGCUGUGUUCUUCACUGAAGGGUGUUGUCCCCCUACAUACAUGCGGCUGCGAUAAAUUAAAUAAAGCAUUCAUUAAGAUUAA